AUGCUCGCCUCUACCCGCAACGCUAUCCGCACCCAGUCGCGCCUCGCCCGCAACUUCUCGGCCUCGUCGGUCGCCUCGGCCCAGUCGCUCAAGGAGCGCCUCGCCGAGCUGAUCCCCAAGGAGAUUGAGGAGGUCAAGGAGGUCCGCGCCAAGUACGGCGACAAGUCGUUCGGCCCCAACACUGUUGACCAGAUGUACGGUGGCAUGCGUGGCCUCAAGGGCCUCGUCUGGGAGGGCUCCGUCCUCGACGCCGACGAGGGUAUCCGUUUCCGUGGCCUCACCAUCCCCGAGACCCAGGAGGCCCUCCCCAAGGCCCCCGGCGGCCAGGAGCCCCUCCCUGAGGGUCUCUUCUGGCUCCUCGUCACCGGCGAGGAGCUCAUUGACCGCUGCCCCCGCGACCUCCAUCCCAUGACCCAGUUCUCCAUCGCCGUCAACGCCCUCAACCACGACUCUGCCUUCGCCAAGUCGUACGCCCAGGGCAUCAACAAGAAGGACUACUGGCAGCCCACUUACGAGGACGCCAUGGACCUCAUUGCCAAGCUUCCUCAGAUCGCCGGUCGCAUCUUCCGCAACGUCUACGGUGACGGCAAGAUGCCCGCUGUUGACGCCUCCAAGGACUACUCUGCCAACCUCUCCACCUACCUUGGCUUCGGUGACAACAAGGAGUUCGUCGACCUGAUGCGCCUCUACAUCACCAUCCACUCUGACCACGAGGGUGGCAACGUCUCUGCCCACACCGGUCACCUCGUCGGCUCUGCCCUCUCUGACCCCUUCCUCUCGUACGGUGCUGCCCUUAACGGUCUCGCCGGUCCCCUCCACGGUCUCGCCAACCAGGAGGUCCUCCGCUGGAUCCAGAAGAUGCAGUCCGUUGUCGGUGAGAACCCCUCGGACGAGAAGGUCGCCGAGUACGUCUGGUCGACCCUCAAGAGCGGCCAGGUCGUCCCCGGUUACGGCCACGCCGUCCUCCGCAAGACCGACCCGCGUUACACUGCCCAGCGCGAGUUCGCUCUCCGCCACCUCCCCAACGACCCGCUCUUCAAGCUCGUCGCCCAGAUCUACAAGAUCGUCCCUAACAUUCUUCUUGAGGCCGGCAAGGCCAAGAACCCCUGGCCCAACGUCGACGCCCACUCUGGUGUCCUCCUCACCUACUACGGCCUCAACCAGCAGGACUUCUACACCGUCCUCUUCGGUGUCUCGCGUGCCUUCGGUGUCGCCUCCCAGCUCAUCUGGGACCGUGCCCUCGGCAUGCCCCUCGAGCGCCCCAAGUCGUUCUCGACUGCCCACAUCAAGAAGAUGUUCGAGGGCAAGUAA